CUUAUUUUCAUUUAUUUUGGGCAUUGCACAAUCAUCAUAUUAUAGUGGAUCUGCAACUGAAGCACCUCGCCGGAGAAGUAGACCGACUGUCUCCGCUGUAGGUUUAAUCCACGAUGGCUCUCAAUAUACCAGGUCUGAUAAUGAUGAUAGCAUUCUUCCUGCUUGUGUUGGGAAUCGGCAUCUGGGCCUCUGUAAAGUCUAAGAAGAUGGAGAAAAACACACAAGGUGGACAGCUGGAGGUUUCUUUUUUGGCGAACCGGAGUGUCAGCUUGGUAGUGGGAGUCUUCACGAUGACUGCUACUUGGGUUGGAGGUGCCUUCAUCAUUGGUAUUGCAGAGUCAGUCUAUGACCCCACCAGAGGUCUAAUCUGGGCCCUUGUUCCUCUGCAAAUUUCCAUUUCCUUUAUCAUCGGUGGACUGUUCUUUGCAAAGCCAAUGAGGGAGAACCAUUACAUCAGUAUGAUGGAUCCCUUUCAGAGGAAGUAUGGAAACAAACUGACUGCGGUUCUUGCCAUCAUUCCUCUCAUAACGGAAGUUGUCUGGAUUCCUCCAUUACUGAUUUCCUUGGGAGCCACCAUGAGUGUUGUUAUAGAUCUGCCCUUCAGUGUUUGCGUCUGGAUCUCUGCUGUGGUGGUGAUCAUCUACACUGUUCUUGGCGGUCUCUACUCAGUGGCUUACACUGACGUCAUCCAGAUCUCACUGGUGUUUCUGAGCCUGUGGCUGUGUGUCCCUUUCGUUCUGACCAGUAAUGUUUAUACUGACAUCACUGAAACAGCAUUCAACCACACACAACAGGGCUCCUGGCUUGGCCAGCUUGAGUCUGAUGAAGUCUGGAGAUGGAUUGAUCAUUUUCUACUGAUGACUUUUGGAAAUGUGGCCAUUCAGGAUUUCCAUCAGAGGACACUGUCCUCCAGCUCCACGUCUACAGCCAGGAUCAUCUGUUUCAUAGCAGCAGGAGCAGUAAUCAUUGUAGGAAUCCCAUCUGUGCUAAUUGGAGCUGUAGCAGCUUCAACAGACUGGAACUCCACCUCAUAUGGCUCUCCUUCUCCAUACGAGCGAGGGGAGGCAGCCAUGGUGUUGCCCAUCACCCUUCAGAAUUUAACCCCAACCUACAUUUCUGCCUUUGGCAUCGGAGCUAUUGCUGCUGCAGCGAUGUCAUCAGCUGACUCUGUAAUUUUGUCUGCAACCACCAUCUUCACCACCACCAUCUACCAGACCAUCAGGAGUCAGGCAUCCGAUAAAGAGCUGCAGUGGGUGAUCCGUGUCUCCAUAGUGGCUGCAGGACUUGUGGGAACAUCCCUCACCUAUCUGGACUACAGUGUCAUGAUUUUCUGGAUCCUGGGCUCAGACCUGACUUACACCAUUAUUUUCCCCCAGCUGGUCUGCGUCCUCUUCAUCAGGGUUUCCAACGGUUAUGGGGCUGCUGCAGGCUAUGUUGUUGGAGUGGUGAUGAGAGUUUUGUGUGGAGAGCCGUUGUUUGGCCUCCCUGUGAUCCUACAUUUCCCAGGAUGCACUUUAGAGAACGGUGUUUAUGUUCAGCGUUUUCCUUUCAAGUCCAUCUGCAUGCUGUCUGCUCUGGCCUCCAUCUUGGUGGUUUCAUAUGUGGCCUCACUCCUGUUUAACAAGGGGAUCCUUCCUGAGAGGUGGGACGUGUUCAAGGUGAAGUCACAGGAAGCACCACCACCAGCAGAGGCUGAUAGUAAAAAGGCUGAUGGAGAUGAUAAAUGUGCUUCUGAACCGAUGUUGGACACAAAAUGCUGAAGUUAUUUUUGUCUUAAUUGAGUUGUGGGGACUUCUGGUGUUGGUUCUUCCGUUAUAAGUCGUCCUGUUAGAAACACAUUGCUUCUACUCACUAACGGUGGCAGAUGCCGUGUGAUAGUUAGAGUUUCCAAGCUCGGAUUGUGAAAAGAAAUCCUUUAAAAUGAUUGUAUCCUAUUUUGAAGAAGGUCAUAGUAUAGUAUCUCUAAAAUAAAUAUUAAAAAUCAUAGUAUAGCUUGGCGAAAAAUGUGUAAUGUAUUUAUUACCUCAAAAGUCAGAGCAUCUUUCAUUUAUUUGACUUCUUUGGAUAUUGAAUGUGAAAACUGCAUCUUUUUGUAAGUAGGUCAGAAUUAACAAAUAUAACAAUUAAGAAAUAUGAUGAAAACCA